AUGGGGACUCACUCAAUCCCACGGCUUGUGAAGAUUGUUUGUGAGAGUUCACCUUACUUCAGAGUCAUCAGCCCUAAUGAUGUGUGCAACAAAGUCGCACCUGGCAUGCCAUCCACAUUCCGCAUUCUCUUCACUCCUGAGGAAAACAAGGAUUAUUUCCAUGAAUUAACUUGCAUUACUGAGAGGGAAAAAUUCAUUGUCCCUAUCCGAGCAAUUGGUGCCAGAGGCAUUUUGGAUUUCCCAGACCAACUGAAUUUCUCCACAUCUCCCGUCAAGUACAAUACACAGAAAACCUUGCUUGUCCGGAACAUUGGCAACCGAGAGGCCUACUACCAGAUUGCCACCCAGAGACCCUUUUCUGUCAAACCGUCCAUUGGGACUCUUGGAGUAAAUGAAACCACACAAUUCACUAUUGACUUUUAUCCAGAAAAAAGUGGCAACCACUGUAAAGACCUUGUUAUACAUUACGAUACAGGAGAAGACAUUCAUGUCAAUUUAUAUGGAGCUGCUACAGAUGUCAAUGUGAGAUUGGAUAAGAAUUCCUUGACAAUCGAGAAGACUUAUAUCACUUUAGCCAACCAGAGGUCUGUGGUCAUACACAAUUGGAGUGAUAUCAUUGCACAUUUUCAGUGGAAGGCAUUUGCAACACAUGAAAAGGAAGAAGAGAAAAAACAGAUGAUGUGUCAAACCCUGCAGGCUGAACAAAACAGUGUGCUUGAUCAGCUUCUGGUGGAAUGUAACAUGAAUCCAGCACUUCGUGAGCAUCUCUCUAUUGUCACCCGUACCUUUGAGAACCGACGGGCAACUGUCCAUGAAGAUGUAAUGCUCUUCAACAAUAAAGUCUUUUCCAUUGAGCCUCUGGAGGGAGAUGUUUGGCCCAAUUCUACAACUGAAAUCAGUGUGAUGUUCAGGCCACAGGAAGCUGGGAUGUAUCUUCAGACGGUCUACUGUGAUAUUACGGGCCGAGAAACCAGGCUCCCUUUACGUAUCAAGGGGGAGGCAAUAGGCCCCAAGCUACUUUUCAACUUUGAUCAGCUGGACGUUGGGAAAAUUUUUGUGGGAUCAUCUCACAGUUAUGAGGCAAUCUUAUCUAACCAAGGAGCUAUUGAUGCCCUCUUCCACCUGAUGUGGCCCUCCACCGUGCUGGGUGCCUGUUUUGCCUUUCAACCCAGAGAAGGAAUCCUUGAACCGGGGGGCCAUCAGGCCAUUCACAUUUCUUUCAGCUCUACUGUCCUGGGCCCCUUCUCAGAAGAGUUCAAGUUCCAUGUGAAUGGAUCUCCCCAGCCUGUGACCUUAGUGAUUCGGGGCUGCGUCAUCGGACCCACUUUCCAUUUCAGUGUCCCCUCUCUUGAUUUUGGGGAUGUCUCCUUCGGUUUUCCUCAAACCCUGUCCUGCUGCCUCAGCAACACUUCACUGGUGCCCAUGACUUUCAGCCUGCAUGUCCCAGGAGAUGGUAAUGGAGAUCCAAGUAUUAGGAGUCAGGAUCAAGCCUCUGACAUCUCAAGGCCAAUGUGGAGAAAGGCAUGGUUUGCAUCUGCAAAGCCCAAGGAAUUUACCAUCUCUCCUAGCUAUGGUACCAUUCGCCCCCAAGGAUUUCUGGAUAUUGAGGUGACCUUAUGUUCAAACACAGUGAAGACUUAUGAAACUGCCCUGGUAGUGGACAUCAAGGGUAGUGGUGAGGAUGUGCUGGCCCUCCCAAUUUCAGCAAGAUGCCUCACACCUCCACUACAUGUGGCUAGCACCACUGUGAAUUUUGGACGUUGUUUCCUGAAUUUUCAGUAUCAACAAGUGGCAAAACUUGUUAAUGAAGCUGACCUUCCAGGGUGCUAUGGUGUUCUUUCCCAGGAAUAUAAGAACUCUCCCACCAUCUUGUAUUCAAGUCCAGCGCCUUGUGGUAUUAUUCCACCUCAUGCUACAGUUGAAAUCCCAUUAGCUUUGGAAGUCAAGGAAAAAGGCCACCAGGAAACAAUGGCCUACAUAGCUAUCUUUGGGAAUGAAGACUUUCCCCUGAAAAUCCAACUGGUGACUUUUGGAGAAGGUCCUGUUGUUUAUGUGCAUCCAUCUAAGAUAGAUUUUGGCUGCAUCCAGGUUUUAAAGAAUGUUUCCAGGGCACUUUGUCUUUCAAACGAGUCUGUUAUUCCUGCACCAUUUAAGGCACAGAUGGCCCAUACUCCUUCGCAGUGGAGAAUUGACCCCAGUGAAGGGGUUGUUCCUCCAGAGGCAGAAAUAUCACUUACUCUUACUGUUAAUUUGGAUGAUACUGUAUUGUUUCAGGACAAAAUCAGCAUGGCUAUAGAGAAUAGUAAUUCUUAUAUUAUUCCAGUCCAGGCCACUGGCAUUGGAACCACCAUUGUCACAGACAAGCCAUUUGCUCCUGCCAUCAAUCUGGGACCCCAUUUCAGUUUGGAUCCCUGCUGCUAUCGUUUCAAGAUCACCAACUGUGGGCGUCGCACCCAUCAGCUUUAUUGGAUGACUGAAGGUUUUGCCCCAUUUCGCCAGCACAACACAUUCCCUGCCAUCAGCACUAGCACGAAGAGCCCGACCAUCCCCGCAAAGACAGAAUCUCAAGGUCCUGUGUUCAAGCUUCAGCCACUGAGAAUGGAACUGGCCCCAGGAAAGAGUAUGGACAUGGUCCUGGAAGGAUCUUCUGACAUUCCCAAGCUGGUAAAGGAGAGAUUGCUGUGCCAUGCGAUCAUAGGGAAGCAGUCUGGAAAAGAACGUAUCAUGAAGGUUGAUGUCACUUGUGAAUUCAUCGCACCAGUUCUGCAGAUUUCCUCCAGAGCAGUUACUUUCCGCGUGGAGAAGAACCCCAGUGAUAUUUUGACCGCACAGUAUAAGCCUCUGUCCUUGAAGAAUGUUUCCUCUUUGCCACUCAGGGUUGUCCUUUCUUUGCAAGAGCCCUUUGCCCUCUGUGAUGCAAAUCACAAAAAGAUUCCAGUUCCUGAACAGCCUUUAAAAAUGGACAUUGGAGAGAUACAUCAUCUUUCAGUCAGAUUUAACCCUGUCUAUAGAGAUGAUCUGUGUAGUCGCGUAUUGGACGAGGUUCUUGUUUUGCGUUACUUGGAGCAUCCUCACGUGGACUAUGUUGAUCUCCGGGGAGAAGUGCAUUUCCCAAACCUCCACUUCCAAACAAUGGAUCUCGAUUUUGGCUGCAUCUUGAAUGACACAGAAGUUAUCCGUGACAUCAGUAUGAGCAACUGCAGUCCCCUUCUUAUCAGAUAUCGCUGGUCCUUCCUCACAGAUGAUCGUGAGUCCUUCAUCAGGUUCAGCUCUGAAAACAUUUGGCCUCUUCAUGCCCAGAAAAGGACAGAAGAGCAGGAGAUCCUGAAGCCGCCACAAAGCCCCUCAAGGUGCAAGAUUCACAAGGAUUCCAUCAGGUUUGUAUAUGACAAAUCCACCAAAGGCCAAGAAUGUGGCCUUAAUAAGGAAUACCUUUGUGCCUCUCCAGCAGGCCCUCUGGAGAAAGGGCUGGGCAAAGUGGAAAGAAAAACAGCUGUUGAAGAAAAUACCAGCUGUGCAAGUGGAGAAGAGAUUUCUGUUAAAGAAUUGGAUGAUGUACAAAUUAUGCCUGAAAUACAGUUAUUUUUGCAAACUUCUGAAGUAGACCAGGAGGCUCCAGAGAAUAACCAGGCAGGAACCAAAGACGUCCUGUGGUGUGCAGAGUCAGAGGAGCCACACUUGACAGGCGUGGAAGAAGUUUUUGACAUCUUGCCACUAUAUGGAACAUUGCAGCCAAAUGAGACCCAGCAAAUGUCAUUUACUUUCUACGGCCAUGCCAACAUUGUUGCUUGUGUCAAAGCACUCUGUGAAAUAGAGGGAGGCCCCACCUAUGAAAUUCUGCUGCGGGGUGAAGCCUCAUUUGUUCGCUAUGUGUUUGACCAAAAGGAAAUUGAUUAUGGACUGCAGCCCUUGGACCACAUCUGUAUGGCUGAGAUUAUUCUGAGAAACAAAGGAAAAGUUGGAUUUGAAUACUCUGUGCUUGAUGCCAUCCAGGCCUCAUCUGACAACCCUCCCCCCGGUGUGCCAUUGAUUCUACCCGCCACUAAUUAUAUUGACUCAGGAAAGGAGCAAAUAUUGAAAGUCUAUUACUUACCAGGAGUUCCAGAAGUCUUUCAGAGAACCUUCCAAAUACAGGUGGCUCACCUGGAACCAGAUAGUAUCACUCUGAAAGGACAGGGAAUUUUCCCUAGGAUUUGCUUGGAUCUGCCCAGGAAUAUUCGCGGAAAUGAACGGCACAGCAUCAUCUUCAAAGAAGUGAAGCAGCGACUAGAACAGGAAACACAGAAAGAAUUCACUAGUAAUUCUGAAGCACUGACGACUGAACCACCCAUGGAAGAAUCCUUCACCACGCUUGACACACAACUGCAGAUGGAGUUGGAAAGGCUGCUUGUUCAAGAGCACGCUCUGGAGCAGCAGAAGCUUCUGGCCUCUGUUUCAGUGGAUGACCCUGCUGCCUGUCAGCGAGCUCGCCGGAAACUGGUCAAAGCCCAGCUACCUGAGUAUAUCUUAGAUUUUGGCUAUAUAAUCAUGGGCACCAUCAGAACUCACAUCAUCAAGAUCACAAACACUGGCCACUUCCCUGUCUCCUUCCAUGCAGAUCGACGGGACCUACGGGAUACAGGUUUCAACACUGAACUGGAUCGGGUGAAGAAUCUGCCUUUCUGUGAAACAGAGACGUUUGAAAUAUGGUUUGACCCCCAGAGUGCUGGCUGUGCCCUUGGAGAGAUAGAAGUGCUGCUACCAAUCAAGGUUAUGGCUGGUCCCACGUUCCACAUCUCUCUUCGGGCCACCGUGAUCAUGCCAUCUCUCUGCAUGUCCAGUGACAAUCUGGAAUUCUCUGCUGUCCAGUGUGGACAGUGCCAGGUGGAGACCAUCCAGCUUCACAAUCAGCUGCAGGUCGUAUGCGAAUGGUUUGCCACAAGCAAUGAACAAAUGAAAAAGGUGGAUAAGCACAUGCCGAUAACCUUGCGCCGGAAGAUGCGUGAACCCAAGGUGAAGCCCCAUGUCUUUGAGAUGAUUCCCCCGUAUGGGAUCCUGGCUCCCGGAGAGCGGCUCAAUGUGCAGGUCAAGUUUGCCCCAAGAGAAGAGAAAUUGUACCACAAUGUCCUGAUCUUGAGCAUUUCGCAAAGCACUCAGCAACUACUGCUGAAUGUUUCUGGGCAAGGUCUGGAGCCACGUCUUGAAUUCAGCCCCUCCCUCCUGGAACUGGGGCCUCUCCUUCCCUAUGGCAUUGGGGAUGAAGCUGAAGUGGUCGUGAAGAACCCCUGCAGCUUCCCUAUUGAGUUCUACUCCUUAGAAUUUGACCAGCAAUAUCUUCUAGAAGAGCGGAUUUUGCGGAUGCUGAAGGGCUACGAUAACCACCGUAUCCUUCUGCUGCCUCCUCGCAUGCCAGGAGAGAAGCUGCCUAUCGAAGUGCUGGAAUAUUUUGAGGAACAAAAGAAGAUUCAAGGCGACCAGGAAGGAUUGAAUCUGGAUAAUGAGGAAGAAGAAAGCACUCAUUUUUCUGAACAUGGAAUGAAGCCUCACCCUUCAGUUAUGCAAGCAGCAGUCACAGGGGGCUCUGCUCUUCCUUCUCUGUCACUUAUGGACAAUAACCGGACACUCCAGGCAGAAUCCAAAAUUGAUCAGGAGGAAGAAGAGGAAGAAGAGGGAACUGAAAAAGGUCAAAUGCAAGGGAGUCAACAAAGCCUCAACAAGCAUAAGGAAGCAGUUGGAGAGCUAGACAACAAUCCUGUUUCUAAAGCCAUUGCUCGCCAUCUUGGCAUUGAUAUCACUCCAGAAGGACGCGCUGCCAGAAACCGUAGGGGUAUUGCUAUUAUAAUUCAUGGAGCUCCCUUUACAGGGAAGACUAGUGCUGCUGUAGUCCUGGCGAAACACUACAGUGCAGCUUGCUUGUCCAUUGACUCGGUGGUCCUGGAAGCCAUCUCAGAUGGCAGUAGUUCAGCAGGGCUUCGUGCACGGGAACUCUGCAUCCGAGCUGCUAUUGAGCAGGCCCAGCGAGAAAACGACGAUGGUGGCACAGAGGGGCAGCCAGCCCUUGCUCUUGGCACCCGGCUGAGCACUGAGGCUUUGGCCAAGCACACCUCGAAUGGCAGCCAGCAGAGCUCUGAGUCCAAGACAGGGGCCCUCUCUAUUGUCUCCCGGGGCUACCGAGGAAGCACCGCCACGGCCAAAGGCAAGCUGGAAAGCCACCUGUCUCUGAAACAGCAGCAGCAGCAGCAGCAGCAGCAGCAGCAGCAGCAGCAGCCGCCGCCGCCAGAUCAGCCUGGAUCCCAGGUACCCUCCAGCCCGAUCCCCAGCGCCCCCCUCCAGCGACGCCUGAGUGUCAGUGCCAGUGGAGUUGGUGAUUAUGGUCUGAUGAGUUGCGUACUUCCAGAUGAGCUUUUGGUGGAGAUACUUUCAGAGAGGAUGCAGCUUAGUGAUUGCUAUCGUGGCAUGGUGUUCGAUGGGUUAGAAACUAUGUUUGCCCGCAGCAUGGUAUCAGCACUCCUCUGCCUACUCAAAGCAAUCAACAACCGGCGGUAUAUCUAUUUCGUGAAUCUCUUCCAGGAUUUUGCGGCUAUGAAAGCUAGAGAGAUAAGCAAACAAGAGCAGGAAGAGCGGGCACAGCAGGAAGCUGUUGCAAGAGAGAAAGCUCGUCUUCAGGAAAUGGAUGAAGAGGAGUAUGAUGCCCUUACUGAAGAACAAAAGAUCCAAUUUGACAAUGAGCUGCUGCAGGCCUUACGAGAGAGAAAAAGAAGGGAGCUGGAGAAGCUAGCUCGAGAGCUGGAGGAAAAGAAGCAUCAACAAGAACUGGAGCGCCAGCGGGAGGAAGAGGAGGUGAAGAAGAAGUCCAAGCGAUAUAAGAGGGAUGGGGGGAAAGAGAAAGAAGAGGCAGCAGGGAAAAAAGGCCAGCAAGGAAGCAAGCAGAACCCCACCAUAUCAGCUUACAAAUCAGACGGGAAGCUGAAUGAAGGGCUAGAGAGAAAAGGUUCUGCGAAGGAGCGUCCAGAUGUGAGUGUCAAUGACAAAGAUGAGAAGAAAAAGAAGAGCAGAAUGGCGCUGCAGAAUGAGCAGCCAGGCACAGCGACUCCGGCAGCCCAGGAAGAGGAGGAAGCAGAAAAGGAUAUGAGCGAGAAUGAGAAGAGCUUGGCACAGCGGUUCAAGCUGUACGAGGCCAGCCAGAAGGAGAUCGCUCAGAUCCUGAUGUUCUGGGACAGGGUCCAGCAAGUGCAGCUGCAGCCACCAGGCUCAGAGGAUAAGCAGGAGGAAGCUGAGGAUCAGCGCCAGGCUCCAUCCGGUCGCAAAGGCAGGAAGGACCGGGAAAGAGAGCGCCAGGAGAGGCUGGAGAAGGAGCGGGCAGAGAAGGAGCGCUUGGAGAAGGAGAAAGCAGAGCGGGAACGCCUGGAAAAGCUGAAGGCCAUGGAGGAUAGCAGAGCCGCUGGGUUGGAGGGAGAAGGAGGAGGAGAAGUCAUGGAGAGGGACCUUGGCAUCCCCUCUCUGGAAAUCCAUGUGCUCAGUUCCGAGGAGUCCAGUGGCAAGCGGAUCCUGGAAAGUGGCAAAUUGCCCAGGGUAAUCCAGAUCUUGAAUGGUUUGGGGCUGGGUCCUUCAGGGCCGCCCAUUCCUCCCACCGCCUUUUUCUCAGUGAUCCCAUACCCCGAGAAGCGACCAGCACAAGUUGCCUCAGAAGCUCUCAAGCACUUCACCUUCAUUAUUCCUGAAGAACUGAAUCCAGAGGAGGACAAAAAGGAGGGUGAGAGUGGUGUGGAGACUCCAGCAAGUCUCCCUGUGGCAAAGGAGGAUCUGGCCACCCCUACUCGAGGCAAGUCCAGGAAGGAGAAACCUGAGGUCUCCCGUGAAGCCCCGAAGGAAAAGAAAGGUGCCUCUCGCAGCAGAAAAGGCAUCCAUCCCAGCCCUGGCACCAUGACCACGCUGUCUGAGCUUGAUCAGGGCAGUCCCACCACAGAGGCUUCCAGUGAGAAGCUGCUCAGGUUGAACUGCUUUCGCUGGAUUGUACCUGCUAAUGGGGAAGUUUCGAUGCGCAUCCAUUUCUCUUCCACCAAAACAGGACUCUUUGAUCAGGUUCUAAAUUUUGAAAUCCUUGGAACUCGGAGACAGUAUCAGGUGUGCUGCAGGGGCACCUGCACGUACCCUACCAUCUGCCAGGAUCCCACGAUAGUGUUCCCCCAUCGUAAGAAGACUAUCAAGCCUGAUGAAAUUGUCUACAAGAAAUACAUCCUGAGCUUGGGUGUAUUCCACUUUGGUCCCUUGCUUUGUGGCAAGUCAAGAGAAAAGUACAAGGCUGCACGAUAUCCCAACCACUUUGAAAAACUCACCAUUCUCAACAUCUCCCCUUUGGAGGUCGAAGUGCACUUCUUCUUCCAGCAGGACUCCAGGGCAGUCACGUACCUCUUGGACCCACCCAUGCUGAUGCUGAAGCCGAACCAGAAGCAAGUGUUGACCGUCUGGGCUUACCCAACAGCGGCUGGUGUGUUUGAAGAUAGCAUCAUCUGUUGUGUGAAGGAGAAUCCGGAGCCGGUCACCUUCCGGAUCUGCUGCCAGGGGGUUCGCCCAGAAGUGGAGCUGGACCGCCGACAGCUGCAUUUUGAAAAGUUGUUGCUGCACAGAAAGGAAACAAAAUCACUUUACCUAAAGAACGUGACUCCCCUGCCAGUCGCCUGGCGGAUCAGUGGCCUGGAGAACAUUGGCGACGACUUCUGCUUGUCUGAGGACAUUGGCAUCAUUGAGCCCUUCACUGAGCACUGCCUGCUGGUCAGCUUCAAGGCCACUAAGGCCCUCAACCUCAAGAAGGCUAUCCGGCUGGAGGUUUCUGAUGCAGAAAAUAUUCUGGGAAUUGUUCAGAUUGAAAAUAUACAGAUUGUUGCUGAGGCCUAUGAUGUCGCCCUGGAUAUCAGUUUCCCCAAAGGAACAAAUGGUGGUUUGGAAUUUGGGGUUGUCAGAGUUAUGGACGAAGCUAAGCAAAUGUUAUCAAUGAAGAACAAAGGCAAAUACGAGAUUGCUUUCAGCUUGGUUAUUGAAUCCACAGAAUAUGGGAUGUCUAACCUGGGUCAGCUGUUCACCAUCCAGCCCCAGAAGGGGAAUCUGAGCCCCAAUGACCGCCCUACACAGGUCCAGAUUGUCUUCCAUUCGAAGAAGGAAGUGAAAAUUGAGGACAAGCCUGUUCUGCAGUGCCACGUGAUUGAGCCUUCCCUCUGUGAGGGGGGGGAGACCAUUGCCACCAUCCCCAUCCGAUUGUCAGUGCUGUCCUUAUUCAGCAAGUACAAUAUUGUCCCUCCAUCCGUCAUUAACUUUGGGCCGCUCAUGAACGGCACCCGGAAGACCAGUAGCUUCACCAUCGAGAACAAGGGGGUCCUGGACUUUAAGUUCACCACCUGCAAGCAAGUCCGUGACGUUGUGAUUACAGCAAGGAAAGGAAACUCUAACAUCAAAAGUUCCCGUUCCCGUGACACAGACCUCAGCCGGCAGAACGCUUUUAUGAGCACGGGCAGGCAAAGCAAACAUGCAGACUCUUUGCAGAAAGACAUGAACCUGAUAGGGCAGGCUCGCUUCUCUCUCGGUAUGUUCACUGUAUCUCCGGGGUAUGGAAACAUUGCCGCAGGAGGCCAUCAGGUUAUCACGGUGGAUUGCUUUGCUGAGCCUGCUGGGAAGUGUGAAGAAUACCUGAUCAUUGAGAUCACAGACCGAGACCCCGAAGACAGUCCAGGAGGCAUCCUCUACACUCUUGUUGCAGAGUCCUGCAUCCCAGGAUUUUUGACUGACAAUCCAGGGAUCAUUUUCGAGGAGCAUCGAAUCUGUAACAGUGGCAACCUCAGCCAGGUGCUGAAGUCCGUCGGCUGCGAAGGUGUGUUUGUGACAGAUGAGAACAAGUUUCUUUUUAACAAUGUCCUGGUUGGGCACCAGGCAACAGCCCGCUUCAAGAUCUGCAACCCUGGCCGAAUCCCCUGCGAUGUUGUCAUGACCACAAAACCCAUUUCUGCCAAGUCCACUGCCCGAAUCAGCGACACCUUUGAGCUCCAUCCUGUGCGCAUGUCCAUCGCCAGUCAUUCGCAUGCCUUUGCUACCCUGACCUUCUCACCACAGGCCAUGCAAAACUACCAGUGCAUUUUUGAGGCUUCAGUAGAUGCAAUGCCCAGUGUGGUUGCCAGAUCAAGAGCUCUGUCCUUUGAAGUCAGUGGAGAUGGGAGUCUUCCUCAGAUCACCAUUGUGCGCCCUGUUCUUCACAAUAAAAAGGGAAACCCGCUCCUCCUCUUCCGAAAGCUCCUCUUAGGUCACACGGAGGCACUCCCCCUUGUCCUUAAGAACAGCGGAAGCCUUUUAGUCCAGUUGUACCUGGAUGUGUCCGAUGAGAGUGGGGCCUUCACCCUGAGGCCCAGGCCCACCACCCAGUGCAUUUACCUCUCUUCUCAGAACGAGGAGAGUGAGUCCAGCGAUGGAGUCCGAAAACCACACACGGCCUCCUUGGUGCUGCACAACGGGGAGGCAGCUGAGUUGGAUGUGAUUUUCCAGCCCAGCUUGGUCCAGCGGGUGGAAGGGCUGAUCCAUCUCUCUAUUGUGGACAACCCGUAUGAGGAAACCAGCAUCCAGAUGGUUGGCGAAGGCUACCAGGAUAACGUCACGCUAGACAAUGUUCAUAGCCCAGUGGCCAAUGCAGAGGACAUUGAGGGGCAGCUGGAUGAGAGCACAGGAGAGGCAGUCAGAAUGGACCACAUCCAGUUUGGAGAUUGCCACAUUGGGAAGCUGUAUCAGGCUGCAUUCUCAAUCACAAAUCACAGCAAGUUGGACGUGAUGAGAUUUGAAUGGCCUGCUGUGGGCCCCUGCCAGUUCUCCCCGCAGGUUGGCCAUCUCCAUGCAAAGUGCACUAAAAACAUCACGUUGGCUUUGAAGUCCAGCCUGCCCAUCACCCUCCGGGAGCAGCUCCUCAGGUGCAAGGUGUCCAGAAUUGCCUUCCAGUGCCCUGCUGACCAGGUCCCGGACUGGGAUGAUCGCUUGCAUACGGUCAAAUGGGUGGAUGUGUCAAAAGGUGUCACAAGUAUACGUCCAGCAAAAAAGAAGGUGAUAGAGACUGAUCCAGAACCUGCUCAUAUGACUCUGGAGGAGAGUAGCCAGGACCUGGUGCUUCGAGUGAGUGCCAACGUUGACUUUGCCCAGUAUAAAAUGGAUGAGGAUGCCGUGCACUUCAGAGACACGUUACUCUUCCAAACAAGGGUAUUCACGAUGGAGCUGUCCAACACGGGGAAUGUGCAACUGGAGUAUUCCUGGAAAGUGGUCAUGGAAGAAGGUGGGAAGGCUGUCAACUUUGCUACUGAAGCUUUGUCAGCAAGCCCAGAAGGGAACCCAUCUAGAGCAUCAACUGUUUCCAUCAAGGUCCAGCCUAGCCGGCCCUUCAGCCAGCUGGGAAGCCUCCUGGAGAGUUUCUCUUCCUACGUCUUUCCAGUAGUCACCCGCCCUCCAUUCUUCAUGGAGCCCAGCAGUGGGAAGAUCCCUCCGGGGAAAUCUCAGUCCCUCCAAGUUAAAUUCUCUCCCCAGGAAGUAGGAGAGUUUGAGGGUCGGCUACUCUGCAGUAUGCCUAAUCUGAAGCUGGAUGAGGAGGGCCCCAUCAUUGCUGUGAAAGGGAAGAGUCUCCUGCCGUAUUGCCACUUUGAGCUGGAAGACUCUGAUUACAUCACUGCAAACAGGCGCAAUUCAGACUUGCGAGGACCAGGAGGAAUGAGUCUGGACCCUCAAACGAAAGUGAUUGAAUUCACCUCUGUGGGAGUCCAUGUCAAGAACAGCAGGAGCUUUGCCGUCCUGAACCCCACCAACGCCACCUACUCUUUCCAGUGGAGGUGUGAGCAGCAGGAGGAGAGGAAGACUCCCCCAGCCUUCAUCUGUUUCACUGAGCGGGGGCUCCUUCGGCCAGAGAAGAAGAUAGAGAUCAUAUUCGAAUUCAUUCCCAAACAUCUGGAUGUUACUGAAUCCUUCUGGACCUUCACCAUUUCCGAACACAACAUCACGGUCCCUUUCCUCCUGGUGGGCCACACCACUGACCCGGCUGUCUCUUUCGAGAAAGUCCACCUGAAUCUCCACUCGCUUCUGAUUGGACAUGAAGCUCGUGAGUGCAUCCAUAUUCACAAUGAUGAGAACAAAGCCUAUACUUUUGCUUUCCGAGACGCUUCCCGUUUUUCAGAGGGGCGAAUCAACUGCUUGAGCGUGCAGCCCAUGGAAGGGCUGGUCCUGCCUCAUUCCAGAUUCCCCAUUCACAUCCACUUCACACCGACUCAGGAAGGAGAAGUGAAUUUCAACCUUCUCUGUGACGUCAAGAAGAAAAGCCAGCCGCUCUGUCUGAAUGUCAAAGCCACUGGCCACACCAUGAAUGUCUCCGUGAAAUGUGAAGAAAACCACGGGGUGGUGACUGAGCUGAACCCUGAGCAUCCGAAGCAGAUCCACUUCCGUGAGAUGCAAGUCAACGAUUAUGCAAAGUGCAACUUCUCCAUCCUCAACACCGGCAAAUUCAACUUCACCUUUUCCUGGGAAUUCUGCAAUGGCAAGAAGUUCCGGCAGUAUUUUGCCCUCUCCCCAGAGAGUGGCUCUGUGGAAGCCGGAGAGCGGGUGGAGGCCAGGCUCUCCUUCCACCCGCUGAAGGCCUUCACCUUAAAGGACAUGGAACUCAAGUUGCAGAUAAGCCACGGCCCUACAUUUACAUGUGUGUUGCAAGGCUCAGUGUUGGCUCCCAGUAUCCAUUUCUCGGUCCUCAGAGUGGACUUUGGCAACAGUUUCAUCUACCAAGCUGGGAUGCCCAUUUCCAAGAGAAUCUUGGUGAUCACUAAUAAAGACAGCAGGAAAGCCAGUGUGGAGUGCUUGUUCAUCAACACAGCCUGCCUUGAGAUCAGUUUCCGUUCUGCAGCUCUAAGUCCUGGAGAAAAAGUGGAGAUUCCCAUCAGCUUCUAUCCUCGAGAAGCCAUUUCCUACCAUGAAAUUGUCACCUUUGAAAUAAAUGGGAUCUUACAGCAGACUGUAGAGAUUGUUGGGAAAGGCAUUGAGAUGAAGAUAGACGUUGUGGAGCCUCCCCAGAAAGUAGUGAAAUUCGGAGCUAUCCCUCCAGGGCACAUUGUGAAGAAGGGAGUCACACUAGUGAACAACAGUGUCACAUUUGUCGUAUUCAGCCUAAGUUUUGUGGCUUCCAUCCCGGAAUUGCAGGAAGCAAAGGUGCUCACUAUGUCUCCUAGUGGUGAAAUCACAUUGAAGCCCCAGGGGGGCACCUGUCAUGUGGAAGUGACAUUCAGUCCGAAGAGCCGCAUCCUGCCCUUCUCUGAGGAGGUUCUGCUCGAGUGCCAGGGGGUCCUGAGCUCCCUCUUCAUUGUGCAAGGCUGCUGCCAGGGCGUUGAAGUCCACCUGGACCAGGAUCACAUCCCUUUUGGAGCUGUGGUGCUGCGGAGCCAAGCUUCUCGGCGCAUCAUGAUGCAGAACUCUGGAGACCUCGGAGUGGGCUUCCGAUGGGAUGCCAAACGCUUCAGACCGGACUUCUCCAUCAAACCGACAGAAGGUUACAUUUCUCCAGGAACAAGUGUCCCCUUUGAAGUGACCUUCCACCCUUGUGAGCAGAGUCAGGACAUCUGCUAUGAAAACCUCCCGUGUCACAUCCAAGGAGGGGAACCCGUGAGACUCACACUGAGUGGAUUGUGUGUGAGCGCCCCGCCUGUCAAAGAGGUGGUGAAUUUCAUAUGCCAGGUGCGUGGAAGGCAGACACAGACCAUCAUGCUAUCCAACAAAACUAACCAACCGUGGAUGUUGCGGCCCAUUAUUGAGGGAGAGCAGUGGAAAGGGCCAGAGUACGUCAGAGUGGAAGCCCACCAGCAGAACAAGCCCUAUGAAAUCACAUACAGGCCUCUGGCUAUGAAUGCAGAAAACAAGAAGGACCAGGGCUCUGUCUUCUUUCCCCUCCCAGAUGGAACAGGGCUGCUUUACCUCCUGCAAGGCACUGCUGAGCCUCCCAAGUCAGCUGGGAACAUCAUGAGGGAAAUUCCGUGCAAAACAUCCUACACGGAACUGCUUCCCAUCACCAACUGGUUGAACAAGCUGCAAAGGUUCCGGGUAAUACUUGACAUGAUAAAGCCAGAAAAACUGGAAGUCACAACCACCCUGAAAACUCUGGACUAUAUUGAAGUACCAGCUUCCACCAAGAAGGACCACAAGCUCACCUUCUUCUCUUACAAAGAGGGCAUGUACACCGCCAAGGUCACCUUCCGCAAUGAGGCCACUCAGGAAUUCUUAUUCUAUCUGAUCACGUUUAAAGCCAUCCCGUGUGGCCCACUAGGCACCCUCGAGUUGACCACAGCUGUCCGGCAAAGCACCGCCUCCUCAGUCAAGGUGGAGAACCCGCUGCACUACCAGGUGUCUUUCAAUACGGACUGCAAGGUGCCAGACAUCAACCUGCCUCCUCAGUUCAUGGUCCCUGCUCAGUCUGAGGGGACGCUGGUCUUCGAGUUCCUGCCAAUGAGGCCCGGGGAGACCAGCGGGCGGCUGGCCCUCAACAGCAGCGACCUGGGCUCUUUCCAGUACGACCUGAUCCUGAAGGCCACACCGGCCCGCCCAGAGAAGCCCCUCUGCUUCUCCACCAUGCUGGGCAGCAGCCAGAGCUUGGUGGCCAAGAUCGUCAACUACACCCGCCAGAAGACAGAGUAUUCCACCAAGAUCGACAGCCCGGACUUCCAGGCCGAGAAGGUCAUCAGCGCGCCCGCGGGCGCCCAGACGGGCACGGAGGUGGGCGUGGAAGUGACCUUCGAGCCCUGCCAGCUGGGCGAAGCCCGCGGGACCCUCCUGCUCUCCUCGGCGGUGGGCGGCGACUACCUGAUCCCGCUGCGGGGAACCGCGCUGCCCCCCCGGCCGCAGGGCCCGGUGCAUAUCCGGCUGGGCGCCAGCGCGGUGCUGCCCUUCAAGAACGUCUUCCUGCAGCCCACGGCCUUCAGCUACGCCGUGGACAGCGCCGCCUUCUCGGUGCGCGCCGCCGAGACCAUCCGCCCCAAGAAGACGACCACCAUCUCCGUGGCCUUCGAGGGCGCCGGCGGCGGGAACAAGGCGCCGGUCACCGGCAAGCUGGUGGUCUCGUGCCCGCGCGCCGCCGGGCUGGGCUCGCCCGUCAGCUGGGUCUACUACCUGAGAGGGGUCCCGCCGGAGAAAUAGCGCGUGAAAUAAAGUUGUUCUCAGAAAGGA